AAGCUUUUAUAUCUGCAUGAUCAGUCUUCUGUGACUUUUGUAAAAUGGAGGUCUUUAUUUUACUCUUAGUGUGUGUGUUAAUGGCUGGUGUUUCUGGUGUUGAUGUACAUGAAGUGAAUCUGAUGAUGGGCGUUUCAGUCACUCUAAAAACUGGUCUUACCACAGACCAACAAGAAAAGAUUAGAUGGUUUUUUAAAGACACUCUCAUUGCUGAGAUCACUGGAGAUCUGGGUUACAUCUGUACAGAUGUUCAGUGUAAUGAAAGUACUGAGAGAUUCAGAGAGCGACUGAAGCUGGAUCAUCAGACUGGAUCUCUGACCAUCACUAACAUCAGAUACUCAGACUCUGGAGAAUAUAAACUACAGUUUAACAGCAGCGACAGUGAAAACAUCUUCAAGGUUAUUGUCUGGGGUAUUUCUGCCAGAAAACAAAUGUGGAUCCUGGAGGGAGAAUCUGUCACUUUAGACGCCGGUGUAAUGCAACAAACUGAUAUGGCAACUUGGUAUUUUAAUGACACUGUCAUUGCUCUCAUCACUGGAGAUCUCAAUAAGAUCUGUGCAGAUGUGCAGUGGAAAGAUAGUAAUGAGAGAUACAGAGAAAGAUUGUGGCUGAGUUAUUUGUUUACAUGGUCUCUGACCAUCACAAACAUCAGUACCGCAGACUCUGGAGAAUAUAAACUAAAGAUCGACAAUAGCAGACACAGCAUCAUGAGGAGCGUCACUGUUACGGUCACUGUUCGAAGUCUGUUUCCAGCUCUUUUAGUUACUGCUGCUCUGAUGAUGGCUGUUUAUUCCUGUUGCAUGGGAAAAGCAAGUCAGAAUGACAGGAUGCAGCACAAUGAUUGUGUGCGAUUCCACGUGAGCUGAAUCUGUCUCAGAUCACUGACAUCUGUUAUUGACAUUUGAGUUUUCUGUGUGUGGAUUCAUUCAGAUAUCAGCACAUACAAGUUUCAAAUGCAUUGAUACAUAAUAUUAUUUUUAUUAUUAAUUAUAUAAUUGUUCUUAAUACAAUAUAUUAUGAUCCUGCUUUAGGGUCAGGUUAUAACAAAUGUGAGGACAGUUGUUUUCCCUUCCUUUAUUAUGAUAAUGAUAAAAAAACAACUCGAAGUUUAACAAUAUGAGUAAUAUGACA